AUGUCCAAAGCCAUGCUUCGCCGUCUCUCAGUUGCUCUCAAACCUGCUACCGCUAAAGCUGGUGUGGCUCCGCUAGAACCAUCAUCCCUCGCGGCGUUUCUUGUUCAAAGCAAGGAAAAAUACCUGUCGGAAGCUGGCGGGGAAUGGACCGUCGUUAUGGGUAACGAGGCAGGCGGUACGCCCCUUAUUCUAUUCACCCCGAAUAUCUUGACGAUUCAUAGGUGUGUAGAUCUCGACACGCUUGCUAGCUCCAUUGCAGUGGCGUGGAUCCGGUCGGAGGUCCACCAAAAACCGUCUAUCCCGUUGAUCCAAAUUGCGCGCGACGACCUCCACCUUCGUGCCGAGAAUUUGCAUGCCCUACGUGUCGCUGGAAUAGCUGACCCAGAAAAACAGCUGUUCAGUAUAUCGGAUGCCCCUAAACCUAUCGCAUCGACUUCUUUUGCCCUGGUUGACCAUAAUCGGCUUGGUGCAGCGUUUGGCAGCGACAACGCGCAUGUGGUGGCCGUUCUCGACCACCAUGCGGACGAAGGACUAUACCCUGAUGCCGACCCGCGGAGAAUUGAACCCGCCGGCAGUUGCGCCUCCCAUGUCGCAACGGUGUUGGCCAAGGAUGUCGAGCUUCCCAAAGAACUUGCCACUCUACUACUUUGCGCCAUUCUCAUUGACACCGACGGCCUGAAGCCAGGAGGAAAGGCCCUUCAGGUGGACCACGAUGCCGCCGCAUACUUAAUCCCUCUUUCAAAACUAUCUACAAGUACAACCACCACCACCGGCGUCCUUCCUGCACCAAUCAAAGCUCUCUCGGACGAGCUCGCUGCGAAGAAGUUUGAUGUCUCGCAUCUCGGCGCGUGGGAUCUACUGAGAAGGGACUAUAAAGAGUAUUCUUUGACCCUGAACUGGCACGAAUCGAAACUGAAUGUCAAAGCUGGUCUUGCAACUGUUCCAGUCAAGCUCAAAACUUGGGGUGCGGGAACAGGGUCUAUGGAGCGGGAGGCGGUGAGGUGGAUGGACGAACAGGGGCUUGCAAUUCUGGGUGUGCUCACUUCUUUUCGUGACAAGAGCAAGUUUGGAAAGAGUGGUAAAGGAAAGCAUAAACGAGAAAUGGCGUGGUUUGUGAAGGACGAUAAGAUUGCGGAUCGUCUGUGGAAAGGGCUCGAGGCGGACCCGGAAGUUCGCGUCAAGAGCCACAAGAAACUGAAACUGGUUGUGGACGGUGUCCACUCGCGGGUAUAUAAGCAAGGGAAUGCCCAUGCUACCCGCAAAUCGACUGCGCCACUACUGAAAAAGAUCGUAGAAAGCGAGUCGUAA